AUGAGAGCAGUCCGCUUCUACGGAGCUGGAGACAUCCGGGGUUCUGCGGAAGUGGUAAGUAAUUUGCAUGAGUACACGUGCGGGCCGCAUCUGGUACCCCUGACGCCACAUGCGAUCACCGGGGGAAAGCUCCCAACAACCCUGGGCCACGAGUUUAGCGGCAUAGUCGAGGAGGUGGGAGCCGCGGUUGCAGAUGCUGUCGCAGACCUCAAAGUUGGAGAUCGGGUUGCUGUCCGGCCCAACUUGUCCGACGGGAGUUGUCCUCCCUGUUUGCGCGGAACUCCGAACUGUUGUCGCAAUUUGGGCUUUGUGGGCUAUAGUAGGGGCUUGUCGGACCACGUCGUGGUUGACGCCGACCAUGCCAUUCCGCUACCAGACACCAUUCCUUUGGAUAUCGGCGCGCUUAUUGAACCGUUGUCUGUGGCGUGGCAUGCAGCAGACCACAGCCCUCUCGAGGGGGCUCGGACUGUUCUCGUCGUUGGAGGGGUCCCUAUUGGUUUGGCUGUGGUUCAAGUGCUUUUUGCCCGAGGAGUCGAGUCUAUCGUCGUCGCGACGAGACUUCCGCGACGACGAGAAUUUGCGAGUAAAUUGGGUGCAACUCAUGUCCUUGAUCCUCGGACGCAAGAUGUCGUCUCCAUGGUACAGGCAAUGACCGGGAACGCAGGCGCAGAUGUAGCCUUUGAAUGCUCUGGCGUGCAAGCUGGAUUGGAUACAGCUCUUCGGGGCAUCCGGGUCCGAGGAACAGUCACGAUUGUGUCUCUCUGGGAGGCAAAACCGAUCGUAGACGCCCAGGCCAUCGUGCUAGACGAGAAGCAUGUAAUCGGGGCGGCAAUCUUUGCCGAUGGGAUCUUUCCAGCUGUCAUUGAAGCCAUAAGCUCGGCAAGAUUCGAAUGGAAGACAUUGUCGAGAAAAUUUGAGGCCCUGAUCCAUGAAAAAGAUAAACAUGUCAAGAUCUUAGUUGACAUUUCGGCAUGA